AUGAAUAAAAUGAAUGAAACAUAUUACAAUGGGUUUCUACUAAUAGGGUUUGCAAACAUUGAGAAUUACAGAAUAAGUAUUUUCUUUAUUGUCCUCCUAAUUUAUCUAUUCGCCUUAUUUGGUAACAUGUUGAUCAUUUUGGUAGUGCAUUUUCACAUAUACCUUCAGAAACCAAUGUACUUUUUUAUUACUAACCUUUCCCUUUUGGAGUUGUGGUACAUAUCAACUACAGUACCCAAACUUCUCUCCAUCCUGUUGACAAAAGACAAAAGAGUCUCUUUCCAAUGGUGUUUUGCUCAACUUUACAUGUUCCAUGGUCUGGGUAUGACAGAGUGUGCUUUGUUAGCUGUUAUGUCCUUUGAUCGAUUUAUGGCUAUAUGCAACGCUCUUAGGUACAUCACCAUCAUAAAUGAGAGAAUGUGUAGGUAUCUAGCACUACUAUGUUGGUCUUAUGGAUUCUUGGCUGCAACAAUACCACUCACCUUUACGUUAAAAGUGCCUUUCUGUGGUCCACGACACAUAGAUCAUUACUUCUGUGAUCUAGCUCCCUUGCUAAGUUUGGCCUGUAUUGAUACUUCCAUUAACAGUACAAUAAACGGUUGUGUCAUUGGGUUUGCCACUAUGUUUAACUUUGUAUUAAUUGUAGUAAUGUACAUAAAUAUCAUAUGUUCCGUUAUACGAAUGAAGACAAACUCAGGACGAAGCAAGGCCUUCUCCACCUGUUCCUCUCACAUUACGGUAGUGAUGCUAUUUUAUAGUACUGCUUUCGCCGUCUAUGCUAGCCCACACAAACACUCUGUGGACUAUGACAAGAUUUUGGCACUUGUGUAUGCUAUGUUCACCCCUUUACUUAAUCCCGUUAUUUAUAGCCUGAGGAAUAAGGAAGUGAAACUUGCUCUAAGAAGAAUAAUCAAAAUUAGGGUUAUGAAUAUAUGA